AUGGCCAUGUUCAGCCAGAACCCGAUCAUGAACGGGCCCAACUACUCGUUUGCCGAAGCUCCCAAAGCUGCAAUGGAUGGCCUGCGAGAACACCGUUUCAACCCCUACACCGACAACGGCGGCUCGACACUGGCUAUUGCCGGCGACGGCUUUGCCAUCAUGGCCGGCGACACCCGACUGACGUCUGGCUACAGCAUCAACACGCGAUACGCACCGAAAGUCUUCAAGAUCGGCGGCACGACGUCGUCGCAGGACGACGCCAACAUCCUGCUCUCGGUAGUCGGGUUCGCGGCCGACGGCGAGGCGCUGCAGGAGCGCCUGGACUCGGUCUGCAAGAUGUACCGGUACCGGCACGGCAAGCCGAUGAGCGUCAACGCGUGCGCCAAGCGCCUGUCGACCAUCCUCUACCAGAAGCGCUUCUUCCCCUACUACGUGUACGCCAUCCUGGGCGGGCUGGACGAGGAGGGCAAGGGCGCCGUCUACUCGUACGACCCCGUCGGCAGCUACGAGCGCGAGCAGUGCCGCGCCGGCGGCGCCGCCGCCAGCCUGAUCAUGCCCUUCCUCGACAACCAGGUCAACUUCAAGAACCAGUACGUCCCCGGCAGCGGCAUCGGCCACGAGCUCCAGGAGCGCGACCGUGUGCCCCUGCCCCGCGACGAGGUCGAGAUCCUCGUCAAGGACGCCUUCGACUCGGCGGUGGAGCGGCAUAUCGAGGUUGGUGACGGCCUGCAGAUGAUGAUCAUCACCAAGGACGGUAUUGAGGAGAAGGUCCUACCGUUGAAGAAGGAUUAA